CUUGGGGCGUCCUUUAUCCAGCCUGGAUUGAGACAGGAAGCUUUUUGCGUGUGUGUAAUCCCAUUAACCAUUAAGACCAGCCCUCAUCCCCUGGUGUGUUUGCUCUACUGUAGGCGGCCUUCUAGCGUCUCCACUGAUAAAAGAAAAGGCGGCCAUUCAUGUUGUUGGACUACUGUUGCAGGUGUUGUGGGUAUUGUGGGUCUACUCUGAAGCGCUAUGGACCAACAUCAGUCAAGAUCAAGACCAACGUCAGUGAAACAUGGAUUGUUCUCCAGAACUUGCUGAUGUGCAUAAUAUCCUUCUAUGCUGUUUACUACAUAGUGGUCAGUCUCUGCAUUGGUAUUCUCAGAGUACAUGAGGUUGACAGCCUUUUAGCACCCUUUGACUACACAACACAGCCAUCAUGGCAAAGUCCAAAAUACCUAGUGACAGUGAUCUCCAUGGAGCUGACCUAUCUUUUGGGAGGCCUGAUAUUUGCGUGGAUUGUCGAGGAGUGGGUGUGGGACUACGCCAUCACAGUCACACUAAUCCACAUCGGUCUGACGGUAGCAGUUAUGUCUGAUUUCCCGUCAACAGAACAUUAUUGGAUUGCCCUUGGUUCUGGAUUGGUGAUGAUGAUUUUCGGAGGCCAACUUGUAGCAUACAAGCUUUUCAGGAAUAAUUUUGUGUAUCCGGAUGAGCUCCAAAAUUUCUAAGAAAAACAUUUUGCUUUUCUUCUACAAAAUGAUGUAGGGUGAAAUAUUUUUUUAUAUUCCGUUUUUUUGUACUACACAACUUUGGUACUCUGUAAAUCCACACAUUAUAUUUUGCAAUUAAAGGUUGUUUGGAAGGAAUUCUUGAGAAUAUUAAACACUUCUUGCCAACAAUGUUCUUGUUUUUGUGUAUCUUGUUCAUAUCCUCCUCCAUGCCAUUGGAAAUAAUGAGUCAUUUACUCUUUUGAGAUGAAAUAAACACAAGUGUUGUUGCUGUGUUAUUAAUGUAACAAAGUGUUAUUGCUGUGUUAUUAAUGUAACAAAGUGUUAUUGCUGUGUUAUUAAUGUAACAAAGUGUUAUUGCUGUGUUAUUAAUGUAACAAAGUGUUAUUGCUGUGUUAUUAAUGUAACAAAGUGUUAUUGCUGUGUUAUUAAUGUAACAAAGUGAUACUACUGUAACAACGUGUUAUUACUGUGUUAUUAAUGUAACAAAGUGUUAUUGCUGUGUUAUUAAUGUAACAAAGUGUUAUUGCUGUGUUAAUGUAACAAAGUGUUAUUGCUGUGUUAUUAAUGUAACAAAGUGAUACUACUGUAACAACGUGUUAUUACUGUUAUUACUGUAACAGUGUUAUUACUGUGCUAUUACCGUAACAAAGUGUUAUUAUUGUAUUAUUACUGCAACAAAGUGUUAUUACAUUGACAUUUUAGUAAUUUAGCAGACACUCUUAUCCAGAGCGACUUACAGGAGCAAUUAGGGUUAAA